AGCAUACGGAUGCUGUGGACCGCUACCCAAGAAUCAUACAUAAUCGUCUCCGGCAAAAUCAAAUUUUCGUACUUGUCUACUCGAUAUGAAAAUCUGAUUUCCCUGCGAAAAAGAGAAUUAUUAAGAUGAAAUACAGCAAAACCGGUCCAAUUGGAUGACGCCACCAGUUCAACGGCGGCGAUGGAGAGCGGAGCUCCGUUGGCGGCAGUCGGAGCUGUUGAGAUUAUUCAUGAAAGUGAGUAUGCUACUUCACUGCCACUCUCGACAUUUGCUCAGCUUCACUCCAUAUCGGCGAUUGGGGCAAAACCUAUCCUUCGAUAUGAGGAGAACUCAUGCUACACACAAAUGAUUUCAGAUAAUUGGUUAAUGCUCCCCAGUAUUGUUUCUUGCUAAUGAUUAUUUUCCUUACAAGGGUAAAGAAAGAGUUAGAGAGAAAAGGGUGUCACUGUAUGACCUCGCAUGGAUGGGAGCGUAUCUUGCUGUCAUUUAUUAAUAAAUUUUUAUUUAUAUAAACAGUUGUUGAGCCCUUUCCUAUUUAUUAAAGAUAAUUUAUUUGUAAUACAUUUACUAUAUGAUUCUGCACAAGGCUAUCUCAAAUUUUAAUAUUGGUAUAUGGUGUAGGAGUCAUAGAGUUUCCCACUAUCCUUUCCCGAUAUAGAUAAAUAAAUAAUAAAUAUGCGCGCGCGCGCACACACACAUAUAUAAUAUUGAUAGGGAUGACAAUUUUUUGCGGAUACGCGACUGUUAUAAUUCAAUAAAAUAGAAUAAAACCUGAACUUUGGGAUUUGUUUUUUUAUAAUUACUUGAAGGGUUCGGUUUGGGUUGGUUUUUCAAUGCGAACCAAAGCCCAAACUAAACCUGACCCAAUCUGAAGCCCAAAUAUAUGUAUAAUAUACUAAUAGACUUAAAUCUUUCAGCUCUCUAGGUUUGUUUCAUUCGCCUCCACCAUUCCACCAAUAACCUAUCCACCUUUAUCAUUUUUGGUUUCCAUUUUCUUUGCAUUUCUAAAGAAGAAUAUCUUUUUUUGUUGUCCCUGAUGAUGUAGCAUAUCUUCGAUCUAGUCUAUCACGAUUACUCAGGUUAUAGAAGAUAUCCCGGUUCCGUUCAAACAUCACCACCUCUGGAACUAUGAGCAAGGAUGUUGAUAUAAUAAGCACUUUGCCAGAUGACCUUCUAGGUCGCAUCAUUUCUCUUCUUCCCACAAAGGAUGCAAUUGGUACUGCUGUUCUCUCUUCAAGAUGGAAAAAUCUCAUGGAUUUUGUCCCAGUUCUUGAUCUUGCUUGUCACGUUCCUACAGCUGGCUUUAUAGAUACUGUGAAAAAGUUAUUACCAAGUACUAGCAGCUUAGCAAAUACUCAAGUUAUCCAAAACCUCCGGCUGCAAAUAUGUGAAUGUCAUUGGUGCAUUGUUCCGGUUCAUGUUAAUAGAUGGGUUCGUUCAGCAAUUGAACGUAAAGUGGUUCACCUUGAUCUUUGUCUUCCUGACUUCGUUAGUGGAACAGUUGCAAAUGAUGUGGUAUUAGCUUUGCAUAUCAUGGCAUCUGAUUCACUACAGACUCUAAAUAUUAGGGGAGGGUUGGGUCUACGCAUGCCCUAUACUACAGGAUCUUUUAAGAACCUGAAAACAUUUAACCUCAGGAUAAAUAAUCCAGAUAAGGAGAUACUGGCAAACUUGUUCUGUAGUCUUCCUCAACUUGAAGAGUUGUCGGUUGAGGCAACAUUUUCAAUGAUCAGGCCUGGGGAUAUGACAAUCUGCAUUAAUAUCAUUUCACCUGCUUUAAAGCAGUUAUGCUUAUGUAUCAAUCAAAAAGAUUAUCACGAUGUUGAUUUUAAGAUACUCAUCGAUACCCCGAUGCUUCAAUCUAUAUUUCUGGGAGAUGACUUUUUGGCUGCCUACUUGGUCAAGAGCCUGCCUUGCAUUGUCAAAGCGACAUUGGCCGUAGGGAGAAAUCUUUAUUAUGAGGAUUAUUCUGAAUAUGACAAACGUUUUUUUCGUGCAAUUGAGCUUAUCAGGGGACUUUCUAAUGUUAAGUAUCUUUCAGUUACUAGCGAUGCUUCAGCUGCACUGGAUUGGGCUGAUCAAGAUUUUCCCAUAUUACACGGUGUGACAGACUUGGAAUUGGAUGAUGUGCCUUUUUCUGGCAUCUCACUAAUACCAAAGUUUCUCAAAAGUGCACCAAAUUUGAAAAAUAUCGUCGUAACAAUACAUCCGGAAGUCGAACUUACGGGUUGGUCUUGGAUUUCGCCUGAGACUUUGCCGACUAGCUUGUCACAUCUUGAAAAUUUUGAGAUCAAGGAAGCCGAGACCAUCAGCCAUGAACCCAGUUUUGUUACCAUGAUCAAAUACAUAAUUGAGAAUGCGAAAGCCCUUAAGGUGUUUAUGGUUUAUGGAUAUAGAUUUGUUGUAUGAACUUGUUAGCAUCAGGAAGUUCUAGUGGGUUGUCUUUUGCAACUUAGAAGUAAACUCUUAUUAUUGUUGGCCAAUUACCCUUCUGCGUCCGGUUUUUUUUUUUUUGGAAUUGUUAGUAGCUAAAUAAAUGCUCCAAGACUAUACUGUUACAAUGUUAUGUUUUUGAAACAUGGUUGAAUUUUGUGAUGUAUGCCGGUUUGAGCCUUAUGGUGGAGUAGUUUGGCUUUAUACUUUC